GCCGGCGGGAGGGAGCCGCGGUUCUCGGCGGGCGCGGAGCGGUGGCCCCGGAGAUCACGACCGUUGUCUUGGGAGAGCAGGCUCUGACGGGAGCGAGAAUGCUCAGGAUGCCCAGCUGUCUGCUAAAACUGACCAGGGUGGUGCUGAGCCACAAGCUCAGGGCUAUGUUUAUCCUCGCUUUUAAGCUCAUGUCCUUUGUCUCCAUCAUGUUGUACUGGAGAAUUGUUGAGGACUCUAAGGGCAGAGGCCAGGUCUACAGCAUGCCUGUUGAAAUCCACUGUGCUCACUCUGUGCCACCUUCUCCUCAUGCCACUGCCAGUGGGCCUCCUUCUUCCCCAGGGGAUGUGUUUUUUGUGGAGACCUCAGAGCGAACUAACCCAAGUUACCUGUUCAUGUGCUCUGUGGAGUCAGCGGCCCGGACGCACCCUGGGACAAGGGUCGUGGUGCUCAUGAAAGGUUUGGCAAACGGUAAUGCCUCGUUACCCAACCACUGGGGCUUCUCGUUGCUGAGCUGCUUCCCCAACGUGGAAGUCCGGCCCCUGGAUUUGACAGAGCUUUUUUCUGGAACACCUCUGGCACAGUGGUACUUGCAGGCUCAGCAGCGCUGGGAGCCUUAUUUCUUACCCAUCUUGUCUGACGCCUGCAGAAUUGCCAUCAUGUGGAAAUUUGGUGGCAUCUACCUGGACACAGACUUCAUCGUGCUCAAGAACUUAAAGAACCUCACCAAUGCCCUUGGUAUCCAAUCCAAGUAUGUACUGAACGGGGCCUUUCUGUCCUUUAAGCCUAAACACAAGUUCAUGGAGCUUUGCAUGAAGGACUUUGUGGAGAACUACAACAGCUGGAUUUGGGGGCACCAGGGCCCACAGCUUCUAACACGUGUUUUCAAGAAAUGGUGUUCCAUCAGGAGUCUUAGGAGCAGUACGAACUGCAAAGGUGUGAGUGCUCUGCCCCGUGAGGCUUUUUAUCCUAUUCGGUGGCAGGACUGGAAGAAAUACUUUGAAGUGGUCAACUCCUCGGAGCUUCACCACCUCUUUAAUAACACUUAUGCAGUGCAUGUAUGGAACAAGAAGAGCCAAGGUACAAGGCUAGAGGUCACAUCCCAGGCUUUGCUGGCUCAGCUGCAUUCUCACUUCUGCCCUGCCACGUACAAUAUCAUGAAGAAGGACUCUGAACGGCAGUGACUGAAGGGUCAGCUAAGAGAUGUUGCCCAUGAGCCCACAACUCUCCAGCUGUUCCAUCACAAAUGAACCUUGUUUUGAAGUGAGGUGGUGAGAUUUGAGGACAAAAGCCAUCUGUGAGGUGUAGGUGGAGCAUGUGGCUUCAGCCGAUGUCUGUGCAGCUUUGUCUUGACUUUAACUGCCUACCAGCAGCAUUUUGUUUCUCUGCAGGAGCUUUGCUUGGUCAAGUAGAGAAAUCUCAGGAGAGGAGCAUGUGCUGGGCUGCUUGUGGCAGCCUACACCAGCCUUUCAGAGAAAGAAGGCCCCUUUCUAUGGCUGUAAACCUGGAAGGGGCCUUUGUAGAAAUGCAGUUCCCAUCACUUGAUUCUCGGGACUUCUGAAGUGCAGUUUUCGAAGCAACAAAAGGAUGAAAGAGCAAAGAACAGGAACUGAGGAGGAGUUAAGGAUGUUCUAGAGGAGGUGUCUUGGGAAAAAAUGUAGAGGAAAACAGAGAAGAAAGAAAGGGCUAAAGUGACUUUCUUUUCAUUCCUUUCUCUCCUGAAGCCUUUGAUGGAGGAGACUUUCUCAUGUCUGGUUUGAGCAGGGAGCAGGAUGCUGCAGUUUCUGUUCGAUGUCAUAGGUCUAAAGAGGUGGAAAUUUGGUGCAAAUCAGAACAUGAGGAUCUGAGGCCAGCUCAUCAUUUAGAAGGUGUUCUUGUGCAGCAAUGAUUUAUUUUAUAGUGGCUGCAAAUUAACACCCUGCGAUGAGCAGAAAAGUUCAUCCAGAUCACACCUUAAAUCCCACCUGACACAGGAAAAGCUGCGUGUCUACCUUUUACAGAGUUUGUUCCUGUAACCAAAUGUCCAUAACUGUGUCUAAGAUGCACCAGAUCUUUCAGCACUUGGACGGAUCCUAAAGGAAAGGCAUAGUAUUUCCAGGGUUACAGAGAGCUUGGUAGGGAAGCUGUACUGUCUAAAUUCAAGUCCAUGUAUGAGUCAUUUGUGGUGUGGUGGACCUCUUCAAGUAGCCUGGAGUACUCCUGCAGUUCACAGUCCAGGAGUACACAUCUCUCUUGGGAGGUCUCAAGAAGGGCAGUGGAAAUCUUUACUCUUCUUCCUGAGCAUUUUCCCAAAUUGCAGCGGAGGAAGUUAACAUAUUUCUCACAAGGUGCUGUUGUGCCUUUGAGGGUUCUCACCAUACAGGCAAGUUUGUUGGACAAACUGUGGGAGAAAACUUGUCCCUUGCCUUGAUGGCUAAAAGGAUGUACUGACGAUCUUACAGUUCUUGUCAGAAAACAAUGAAGAAAGAGCAGUGAGAAACAAAAAUAAGGUUGAGACCAUCAGCAUUGUUUCAUCUGGUCCCCACCAUACUCUAAAGGGGAUUGCUGAGGCAAUGAGCUUGGCACUAUGAUAGGGUUAAUGCAGAUGAGCAGAGCAUUGGCCAUCCCCUCUCCUACACUACUAAGAUUGUGGUCUCACUGUAAAAUCUCUCUGCUUCCAAUGUGCCUCCUUCUUAUGCCUAGGAACAGUAGUGGGGGUGGUCCAAUAGCCCUUUUCAUGACCAUGAGUUAGUCAGACCUUCAAUGUUGCCUGGCCCCAAGGUGACAGCUCAUUCAUGAGGUGCUUCCUGCAAGUCCUCUAAGUGUGACUCAAAUGAUUUCUAGAUCUGCAGUUGUCUGAGGCCUCUUCUGUUCCCCAGGUCAACCAUAAGCAAUGUGAGGUUUGCUCAGUUCAGCCAAGGCAAUAGUCAAAAACGUAGAAGACUGCGCAUGCAGACUCCUGUGUUUCACUUAGGUUUAUUUGUCUCUGGUGAUAAAAAUGAGAAAUACAAAUAGAAAUACAAAUUGACCAUCACCCAUCACUUUUGCAAAAACUUCCCUGUCCCUCAGGGAAUGUGGCCGUGGGAGGUUAAGGAGGGUGUAUAGUGUAUACUUUUUUUUUUUUUUUUUUUUUUUAAAUGCUGAGCUGUCACAGUGUUGAUCAGAGGCCAGUGCUGCUUUGAUUGAAAGUUACCUGCCCGUGAGCUGGGCAGGGUGUGUGGUCUGUGCACAAGUAGCUACUCUGGAGUGAAGUGUGGAAAUGCUGGAAGAUUCACUGAAUUCACAGUGUGUGCAUGUAUGUAGUGCUGCCCCUUGGUUCUGCCCAGCUUUAUGGUAUAUCCUUGAGGCAUUCAGGAUUUUGAAUGUCUGCAGCUCUCCCAACACUGAACAUCUUUAAGAACAAAGACUUUGUGGGGAAACAGCAGAUCUUCCUGACUGUAUGAACAUCCUUCAAUACACUAAGCGGUAUAAGUGGAUGCUGUUUUCACUCCCUACUCUCACUGUCCCUCUCUGUGGGGUUUUUUUCACUGCUUUCUUUAGAAUUAGCUGCAAAAUUGUCAGCCCUGGCCUGGUGUGUGGUCAGUGAGGCAUGGUUUCUCCUUCUACUGGUUCCUUCUGUUUUGGGCCCUUUGGGCUAAACAACAGAAAUCUUACUGAGCUAGGAACCCCUACCAGAGAUGGUAGAAUGGUGGUUGGUGAUUGUAAAGGCAUAGCAGGGGACACUACUGUGGCGAUACCAUGAAUCGAUUAUGAGAGUGUUUGGGACCCACUGCAAUGAAUAUCUGGCUUGAUGUACCACUGUUUAUUCUAGGAAAAGUGCCUUUUUGGAUAAGUGGAGUGUUUUUUUUUUUGUUGUUGUUCUCUGUUUUUUUUUCCCCUGUAUAGACAAUGUUCCAAGGUUUGAUAAGGAGAGAAUCAAACCAAAGCAGCCUUUGGCCUUUUUCCCUUUGUCUUGUGAAAGAAAAAUAAAUACAGUUUUUACUAUUA